AGACCCUGGACUUACACCCACCGGUCUCCUUGGCAGCCAUGGGGCAGUGGAUUUCCUUGGGUUUCCCCAACCGACUGCAUCCAGCAACUUGUUGGUGAACUUUUAGCUGCCGCUGCUGGUCUCCCCCAGGGGAGCUGCAGCCCAUUUGCAAAGGAGGGCGAAAGAGAAGUGAUGCCAUAGCCUCUCGACAGGAUGCGAGCAUGAGAACAUAGAAAUUACAGGGUGUUUGAUUCUCCACCCUCAUCCCAACCAAGCACCAUGCUGCGGCCUACUUCCCUGAUGCCACGGCCAUACUUAGAGAAGGACGAUUGGUAAAGAAUCUCAGUGUCUGUGCAAGUGAUCCUGCUGCUGGUAGUUUUGGUGUGGAGGAUGCUGCCGGGCUUGUUCCUGUGGCUUUUCCUCUCAUAUAACUGCCUCCUGCCACUCACGGAGUCCCAGACAAAGAUACCAAUUGAAACAGUGACAUCCUGGGCUGAUACCUUUGGUGCAGAGCUGUAUCGCAUCAUCACAAAGUUUUCUGGCUCUCUCUUAUUGCAGAAGAAGUAUAAAGAUGUGGAACCAACACUGAAGAUCAAAGAAGUAGAUGGAUUGGAGCUGGUGAAGAAGUUCUCUGAAGAGAUGGAAAGCAUGCUGCGCAGGAAAGUAGAAGCUGUUGAGCGGUUGGUUGAAGCAGCUGAAGAUGCUGAUCUCUACCAUGAGUUCAACACCUCCCUGGUGUUUGACUAUUACAACGCUGUUAAUAUUAAUGAAAAGGAUGAAAACGAUAAUUACGUGGAGCUUGGAGAUGAAUUCAUCCUGGAACCUAACGAGCACUUCAAUAACUUGCUGGUGAACACAACGUACAGUGACAUACAGCUUCCAACUAAUGUCUACAACAAAGACCCUGAUAUUUUGAAUGGAGUUUAUAUGUCUGAAGCACUGAAUCCUAUUUUUGUGGACAAUUUUGAAAGAGAUCCGACGCUCACUUGGCAAUACUUUGGCAGCUCUACAGGCUUCUUCAGACUUUAUCCAGGGAUAAAAUGGGUGCCAGAUCAAAAUGGAGUCCUCUCCUUUGACUGUAGGAAUCGAGGCUGGUAUAUCCAGGCGGCCACAUCACCCAAAGAUAUUGUGAUCGUUGUAGACAUUAGUGGAAGUAUGAAGGGCCUGCGAAUGACCAUUGCAAAACACACCAUCGUCACCAUUCUGGAUACAUUGGGGGAAAACGACUUUGUCAAUGUCAUUGCUUACAAUGAUUACGUUCAUUACAUUGAACCCUGUUUUAAGGGCAUCCUUGUUCAAGCAGACAGAGAUAAUAGAGAGCACUUCAAGCAGCUGGUGGAUGAGUUACAAGCAAAAGGAGUAGGGACAGUGAACAAGGCUGUGACAGAGUCCUUCAAAAUUCUGAGAGAGUUCAGAGAUGCUGGUCGAGGAGGCCUUUGUAACCAAGCCAUCAUGCUGAUUACUGAUGGAGCCAUGGAAGAUUACAAAUUCGUAUUUGAAAAAUACAACUGGCCCGAUCGCAAGGUCCGUGUUUUUACAUAUCUUAUUGGGCGGGAAGUCAGUUUUGCACAGAAUGUGAAAUGGAUAGCAUGUAACAACAAAGGAUAUUACACGCACAUAUCCACUCUGGCUGAUGUUCAAGAGAAUGUAAUGGAAUACUUGCAUGUACUCAGUCGACCAAUGGUUAUCAAUCAUGAUCACGAUAUCAUAUGGACUGAAGCCUACAUGGACAGUGCACUUCCACAAUCUGAGGAGCUCUUUGCAUCUCAGGCUCAAAGCCUCCUGCUAAUGACUACAGUGGCUAUGCCAGUUUUUAGUAAGAAGAAUGAAACGAGAUCUCAUGGCAUUCUUCUAGGUGUGGUGGGCUCAGAUGUUCCUUUGAGGGAACUUCUUAAGUUGGCUCCACGAUACAAGCUGGGUGUCCAUGGAUACGCUUUUCUAAACACCAACAAUGGCUACAUACUGUCUCAUCCGGAUCUUCGUCCAUUGUAUAAAGAUGGGAAGAAACUGAAGCCCAAACCAAAUUACAACAGUGUUGAUCUUUCUGAGGUCGAAUGGGAAGACCUGGAUGAAGUACUAAGAACAGCAAUGAUCAAUGGGGAAACCGGUUACCUCUCAAUGGACGUGAAGGUGCCUGUGGAUAAAGGGAAACGUGUUUUGUUCCUCACUAAUGAUUACUUCUUCACGGAUAUCAGUGAUACCCCCUUCAGUCUUGGAGUUGUUCUGUCACGAGGUCAUGGAGAAUACAUACUCCUUGGUAACACAUCAGUGGAAGAAGGUUUGCAUGAUCUUCUACAUCCAGAUUUGACCUUAGCCAAUGAAUGGAUUUAUUGCAUUACAGAUAUUGAUCCAGAUCAUAGGAAACUCAGCCAGUUGGAAGCUGUGAUCCGCUUCCUCACAGGAGAAGAACCUGAUCUAGAAUGUGAUGAAGAGUUAGUCCAAGAGGUACUCUUUGAUGCUGUAGUAACUGCACCCAUGGAAGCCUACUGGACAUCUUUGAUUCUCAACUUGGCUGAAAACAGUGAUAUGGAAGAGGGAGUGGAGAUGGCUUUCAUGGGAACUCGGGCUGGCCUCAUGCGAAGUGCCUUCUAUGUUGGAACUGAGAAGCUUUCUAACAGAAAAUUUUUGACCAGGGAAGAUAAGGAGAGUAUUUUCACCAUGGACCACUUCCCCCUGUGGUACCGCAGAGCUGCUGAACAUCCUUCAGGGAGCUUCAUCUACAGCAUUCCUUUUGAAGAAGCAUCAGAUGGAGGUCCACCCGAGGUGGUAACUGUGAGCACAUCUGUUACUGUCACUGUGGGUGGGAAGACCGGACUUGCAGCAGCUGUGGGUGUGCAAAUUAAUCUGGAAUUAAUCCAACGGAAGUUGUGGACAGCUACACAGCAGCCCAACGACACUGAUUGCAGUGGUGUAGAAGGUCUGUGUCCCUUGAACUGCCAGGAUGAUACUCUAAACUGCUUCCUUAUUGACAACAACGGCUUCAUUCUUGUUUCUAAGGUCUCCAAACAGACUGGAAAAUUUUUUGGAGAAGUGGAUGGCUCUGUUAUGACCCAGCUCCUUAACAUGGGAAUGUUCAAACAGGUGAAAAUGUUUGAUUACCAAGCCAUGUGUAAAACGCACCACCACCACCAUAGCGGUGCUCGUCCUCUUCUCAGUCCAAUUUAUGCCUUCUUGGCAGCAGUAAAAUGGCUGAUAACAGACUUCCUCAUAUUCCUUUUAGAGUUUAACAUAUCUAGCUUCUGGCACUCCGACAACUUGGCAGAUGCCAAGUCCGUUUUCCAUCAUGCACACAAACAUAAGAAGCUUGAGGCACUACAGCCAUGUGACACAGAAUACCCAGUGUUUGUAUAUGAAGCGACCAUCAAAGAGACAAAUGGAAUCAUUGAAUGUGGAGACUGUCGGAAGAUGUUUGUGGUACAGCAAAUUAUCAACAGCAACCUUCUACUCCUGGUUACGGAUGCUGCCUGUGACUGCAGUAUUUUCCCACCUGUCCUGCUGCAACCUAAAGAAGUCAAAUAUAACGCUUCAGUGAAAUGCGACAGAAUGCGCUCCCAGAAGCCGAGGCGACGGCCAGACACCUGCCAUGCAUUCCAUCCUGAGGAAAAUGCCGAGGACUGUGGAGGAGCUGCAGAAAUUUCAGCCUCGCUGCCCCUACUUUUCCUUCCCCUGGGAAUGACAGCUUUUCUUCUUCUUCACUGACAACAUUCAGAGUCCUUACUUCAUUCAGCAACCGCGACCUGGAGUUUUAAGGAUGUGAGAGGGACAUCACUCAAGCACUUACUGAACCCCUCUGCACAUGCUGACUGGGCAGUGGAGGCCCAACUACUAUUUGGCCUACAGCUCUGCCAGAGAUUUGUACUUUCUGUCUUGUUCACACAGUGUUAUUUUCCUGAAGGGGCUUGCAACUCAGAUACUGUGGCGGUAGCCCAAUUGGAACACCCAUCUAUGCAGUCAGCAUGCAGGCUGACCCUUCUCUGCCUUAGCAGCAUUGUGUUUACACAAGAGGAAGUCCUAGGUAGGGCAGAUGGCCUGUACCAGAAUGAAGAGACUGGAGCCUACCAUAUGCUCCAUUGUGACUCAGUAAGUGCCCCUUUACCAGAAGGUAUUCUGAAGUCUUUGCUGGUACUGCCUGCUAGACUGUUGCCUUCUCAGCCAUUGCUUCCUUCUCAGCAACGCUGAAUGAAGUAACAAGUGGAGUUCUUCCUCUUUCACAGAACUUUUUGCCUGGUUUGGUCUAUUUUCUGUUGAUGUUAAGGAGCUAGAAAGCCAGGCUGCCAAGCUGAAUUCUUCUAUCUAGAAGUACUUCUGGGGCGUGCAUGUGUGUGUUUGUGUCCUAGAAUGAAGCAACACCUAUCAAAUGCUUCCUUGCAAGGAGACCACCAAUAGCAGACUCUGUGAGCCUUGAUGCAAAGAGGUCCAAAUACCAAACAGCUGUGAUGAAGAGGUACUGUGAACGGGCAAAAAUAGCUGAGUGAUGCAUGCCAUUUCAGGGGGCCUGCCCCAGGCAGUGGUGGUUAUUUUUCUGAACAGCAGAAUCCUUUGAGUCCAUGCCCUUGGUAAUUCUUCAGAGUCAUAACAGCUGAGAAGAGCACCCAGAAGCAAAAGUGGAUGGGCGAUCAUGGCACUUUCACGUGGACUAGAUAAGAGAAAGAACGAUGGCCAGGCUGCUUUCAUUCUGGGAUGCAGGCUAACAUAAGCAGUUAAAAAAUUUAAACAGAGUGGUCGAGGCAGCCAGAUAAUUAGAAUGUGAUUAGAUUCUACUAAGUCAUCUUCUGAUAACAGUAUUCUGACAACGUGUUGUGCCACACCAGCCUCAUGAGAGAUAAUGGCCUACAGUGAGUUUUGAAUAGGUGUCAGCUGGUACAUUAGAUGCAAAGAGAUACGGUGUCACAUUGUAAAACCUUUCAGUUUCUGAAAACCAUUUUUCCAUCAUACUACCCCUUGCUUGAAACUUGAUAAGAGCAUUGGAGACAAGAUAGAGGAGGCAAACCUACCUAAUAGUUAUAGGAAGUCUUCCACAGGAUCUGCAGAAAGGAAUCAUAAUGAAUAGUACAUUCAGCCGCAAGAAAACUGCAUACAGAACAGUUCCAGUUCAGUUGACUUACCUGUUUCCGGAGUUAAACGGUUCCAGCUUUGAAGGAUGCCAGGGAGAUUUGUGACAAAGCAGAGGGAGGUAAUUGUAAUGGGAGGAAGGGGGGGGGGGGUUUGACAUGAGGCUUUUAAAAAAGACAUUUUAACAAGAUA